CGCUACUUGAUGCAGCUGUCGUAGACACCACCAAGACAGCACACUCACCCCUAUAGCAAUUACUACAACAUGUCAUUCAGGCCUGCACUCGUCGUCGUAGACGUGCAGGAAGACUUUUGCCCUCCGAACGGCGCCCUGGCAGUCACAGGCGGGCGCGACAUCGUGCCUACCAUUAACGAGCUGCUGUCCCUUCCCUUCGCCCUGCGAGUCGCGACCAAAGACUUCCACCCGCAAGACCACAUCUCGUUCGCCUCGAACCACCCUGCGCCCAACAACAAGCCGUUUGUCUCAACGGCGACCAUCGAGAACCCGCUGAACCCAGCUGAGACACAGGAGACACAGCUGUGGCCUGACCACUGCGUGCAGGGCACCAAAGGCGCAGAGCUGCUCACGGAGCUUGACGUCAGCAAGGUGGACCGCAUUGUAGAGAAGGGCCAGGACAAGCGCGUGGAGAUGUACUCGGCCUUUGCAGACCCAUUUCCUAGUCCAUGCUCUCAGAGUGACCUGGCAGACACGCUGAAGAAGGCGGGUAUCACGGAUGUCUAUGUUGCGGGUCUGGCUGCCGAUUACUGCGUUAGGUUCACGGCGCUCGAUGCGCAGAAGAAUGGCUUCAAGACAUGGGUCAUCGGCGAGGCUACCAAGGCAGUCGAUCCGUCAUCGCUGGACGAAGUCUACAAAGGGUAUGAGGAGGCUGGUGUCACGCUGAUUGGAAAGGAUGACAAGCAGAUACAGAGGGUGAUGGGGCUUGCAUAGAGAAGUACUUCAGUAGAUGCAGCAUGCAAAUGAA